CACCGAUUGAUCGAUAGAUAUUGAUCGCGGAGGCCGCACCCGCGCCACACCCAACAAACAGAAACGACACGACACGACACGACACGACACCCCGCCUCCCACGCCAUGGACAUUCGGUCGUUCUUCGGCAAAAAGCCGGCGUCCAAGCCGAGGCCGUCCGCGCCAGGAAAGAAAAAGGCCGAGCAAGGGGCGUCGCCGGCAGCGGCCAAGAAACGAAAGACGUCUUCCACCGCUGCCACGGAGAACGACGGAGGCGGCGUCGAGAUUUCUCCCAAGGACUUUUUUGCCCUGCCGGCCGGAGACCGCAAGGCCAAAACCAAAGAGGUCCAACCCAGAAAGACGGAGAAAGAACCCGCCGAGGCAAAGACAAAAAAGAAAGCCGAGUCAGAGGCCGAGAUUGCAUCUCCGGUUGGCCGCCGUUCCCCCCGCCGACCCGUCCGUGCGGCAAAAGCCGAAGCGGGGGAACCCCGGAAACAGAGCAAGAGGCGGGUGAUCCAGGACGACGACGACGACGACGACGACGACGGUGCUUUUGUGGGGGGAGCCGUAGACGAGAGCGACGAGGACUUCGAGCCCGCAUCCACGCCCUCCAAGCCCGGGAGCAAGAGCAGGAGCAAGAGCAAGCCCUCCGUGCCAGAGGCCCUCCCCACCCCCUCCCCCGCGGCAAAACGAGGCCGAGGGACGAAAUCGAAAUCCCCCGCUUCUACCAAGCCCGUCCUCUGCGAACCGGGGAUCGAGCGGGACUCCUUCGACACGGAUGCGGUCCGGGUCCCCGAGUGCAUGGCCGGAGCGGCCUUUGUUUUUACGGGCGUCAUGGACGGCCUGGGCCGCGAGGACGCCAUCGAUCUCGUCAAGACGCUGGGUGGCCGCGUCACGACGGCCGUCAGCGGAAAGACCGACUACCUGGUGGUCGGGCCCCUGCUGGAGGACGGCCGCGGCUACAGGGAGGGGUCCAAGUACCGAAAGGCCGUGAGCUACGGAGAGGGAGAGGUCCGGAUCGUCGAGGGCGAGAAACAGCUCUACGGGCUGUGCCACUCGUUCCACGACCGGGCCGCCAAGGAACAGGGCGUCGAAGCCCCAAGGCCUCCCCUCCCGGGAACCAAGGCCCCCGCCGCCGCAAGCCGCAGGCCCCCCGUGUCCAACCCCUACGGCAAGGCUGCCGCCUCCUCGGGAGCCCCUCCCUCGAACCCGUACGCUAGGAAGGGACCCGUGGCCAACCCGUACGCGAGAAAAGCACCCUCCAACCCCUACGCCAAAAAGGCCCCCGCCAAUCCCUACGCCAGGGCCGCCGCUUCUUCGUCGUCGACGGCCCCGGCUCCCGCCCCCCGCGCCCCCUCCGACCCCAACUCGCUGUGGGUCGACCGGCACAAGCCCACCAGCACCCGGGAAAUCCUCGGGAACGCGACCAACGUCAAGAAGCUCCAGGCCUGGCUCCGGACCUGGGAGCGGACCUUCAACAACCCAAAGGCCGCCAACAAAUCCUUUGGCAACCCGAGGGGUCCCUUCAAGGCGGCCCUGCUCUCGGGUCCCCCGGGCAUCGGAAGUACGUAUCGACAGUCUCGGAUCACAUCACAAUCCCGGCCGUGGUGUGUGUUUGUGCCGGAGGGGUUUCUCCCCGAAGACCGACGCUCUCUCACCACCUUUCGCUGCCCUUGCUUGUUUUUUCUUGCGUUUGUUUGACCCACUGGAUGGAUCCAUGUGACGUUCAGAGACGACCACGGCCACCCUGGUAGCCAGGGAAGACGGAAGAGACGUUCUGGAAUACAAUGCGUCCGACACGAGAUCGAAAAAGGCGCUCCAAUUCAUGGGAGACCUGACGGGAUCCCACGGGAUUUCCUUUCAAAAGACCGGUGCCGGGGGGAGGCCGCAGAAACCCUCCGUUAAGAAACGCUGCAUCAUCAUGGACGAGGUCGACGGAAUGGGCGGGGGCGACCGCAGCGGGAUAUCGGAACUGAUCCAGAUGAUCAAGAAGUCCAAGACCCCCAUCAUCUGCAUCUGUAACGACCGCCAGUCGCAGAAGAUCAAGAGCCUGCUGCCCUACUGCAUGGACCUGAGGUACUCCCGGCCGACAAAGAAUUCCCUGGCGAACCGCGCCGUCCGCAUCGCGGAGAUGGAGGGCCUCGUCGUCGAGCGCAACGCCGCCGAGGCCAUUGCCGAGUCGUGCGGGAACGACGUCCGGCAGGUCCUGAACCUCCUCCAGAUGUGGGCCCAGAAGAAGCACGUCGGCGGCGAAAACGACAACUCCCUCACGUACAAGAAGCUCAAGGACCGGGGGCGGUCGAUCCAGAAGGACGAGAUGCUGCGGGUGAGCCUCUUCGACGCCGCAAAACUCAUCGUGGAGGGCCCGAGGGACCUGCAGCAGGCCGACGACAAGGCCAAGCUCGACAGCUUGUUCAAGCGGCUCGACGCCUUUUUCGUCGAUUACAGCUUUACCGGUCUCAUCGUCCAGCAGAACUACCCCAAGGUGACCAACAGCCAGUACCAGCGGAUCAAGGGGGACGACGAGGCCGAGAUCCAGCUGCUGGAACGCUUCCACAAGGCCGCCGACUCGAUGUCCGACUACGACAUGGUGGAGAGCCAGAUCCGGGGCGGCGACCUCAACUGGAGCCUGCUGCCGACCACCUCGAUGCUGGCGGUCAAGACCGGAUACCACGCCGGGGGGGACACGGGCGGAUUCCUGGGGGGGUUUCCGGAAUUCACCGCCUGGAUGGGCAAAAACUCGAGCAUGGGAAAGAACUACCGCCUCCUGAGCGAGCUGUCCCACCACAUGAACUACAAGGUCUCGGCCAACGACCAGGAGCUCCGGCAGGCCUACGUCCCGGUGCUCCGCGACCGCAUCCUCGGGCUCCUCAGCAGGGCGGACCCGGACGCGAACAAGGAGGCGAUCGACCUGAUGGACGACUAUGGCCUGAGCCGGGACGACGUGGUCGACAAGCUCAACGUGCUAAUCCUGGGCAAGAAGGACUUUUCCUUUGAGGACCUGGACAGCAAGGCCAAGGCGGCCUUCACCCGGCAGUACAACGCGGGCUCGCACAGGAGCCAGGCCCUGAUCCGGGAGCAGGGUGGCGGAGCGGGCGGCGGCGCAAAGAAGAAGAGAAAACGCGCGCCGAUCACCGACGAGGACGAAGAGGCAAUCGGGGACAGCGGGGACGACCAGGACUCCUCCGAGGACGAGCUCGACGAGGAGAAGGAGCUGGCGAGGCUCCAGGCCCAGUUCAAGAAGAAGGGCCGGAAAAAGGCCGCCCCGAAAAAGAAGUCCAAGAAAUAGAAACCCCCCGCGCUUGGUUGCGACAAGAGAUGCGGUUGUGC